AUACAUGUCACAUGUAGUCCGCCUGUGUGUUCAUCUAUAAGUUACACAUACAUGAGGUGUUGCUUUAAUUGUUUUUUUGAAACCAGGUUUGCUGUUCACUUACUCCAUAUGAGAUAUAAAUAUUGCCUUGUAUUUUUUACAGGUAACAUACCACAUCUGUCGGAAAUGGGUAUUACAUUUGUCAGCUACCCUCUGCAGUCACUAGUAUGUUACAGAAUAUCUAGUCUCAAAAAUAAAACUUUAAAAUGAACACACAAAAAAUAGGCCACAAUGUUGUUCCACGCAACAGAUUUGUUUACUAAAGAAUUUGCUCUGUGUUUAGCGUGUCUUUCUCGCCUCGCAGUCUCAAUCAUUCAAAGGCAUGGCGGUGACGUGGCCAAGCGUUCUUAUUAUAGCACAAUGGGUCCAACUUGAGUUUGGUAAAGGAAAACGAAACUGAGAAGACAACAUUCCCGAUGUAGGGAGACUGAACAGCAUUCAGCCCCUUUGUCAAGUUCCAUUGGACAUACACUGGGGACAAGGCAACACUGUUCAGUAACGAUAUCAGCCAAACCAGGAAAUGUCCAAACACAGGGAAAGCAUCAUGUCACGAUCAGCAUUAACAAGGGAGCUCUUGGGCCAGUACAUCUCAGACACCCUCAGCCACAUUCACACAGUGAGGGAGUUCUGUGACAGGCAUUCCAAAUGGGCCCUUCAGAGGGAGACAGAACUGAAAAUGAUGAGGGACAUCAAGGAGAGGGCCGAGAGAAUUGACCUUAAGUUCGACCAUGUCCGUAACUCAGCAACCAAGGCCAAGGCGUUUGGGGAGUUCGUAUGGAGCGGUCUGACCCAGGUGACUGCAGACAGUAGGCGUGAGGAGCUGGAGAAGGAGCUGGGGGCUGUACUAAAGGACACUCUGGGAGGCCUGGAGAAGCUGGAUUACUUCCUGAAUGCUGUGGAGUGUCUGGCGGUCACCUGUCUGUUGGUGUUUGAGGAGAACAGGUUCCUCUGUCUGCCUCAGGGGACGAGCCCUGCCAGUGUUCAGGCUGUCAUCAUUGCUGCCAGAAUGGCCUGCCCUCUCCUCAUCCAUUUUAAGAGGGAUGCUAAGGCUUUCUUUAUGCCCAGCCUCCUCAAUGUAGAGGUGCUGGCCUGCCAACUCGUUAGAUACAUACAAAUCAGCCAGCAGGUCUGUAAAAGGAUGGAGAAGGGAUUACAGAUCAGACCAGAGUCUGAAAAUAAACUUGGCUACAUCAGUCAAAUGCUGUUUUGGAAAAAGAAGAAUGACAUCCCUGUGGUCAACCUUGGUGCUGAUGUGCGGAAAGAGUCCAUACAAAAGAUGCUGGACCAUUUGAAUCAGCUGAGUGAUAUCAGGAUGGACCAGAACCUCAGACUGACAUUCCUGUUCCAAGGGGCUGCUCAGCGCUUCAUUGGUCAGUUCAGCCAGUGCCGACCCAGGAUGGAGCAGUUUCUGACCGAGUUGGAGGAGAAUGCUGUGCAGCUGGACAGAAUGAAGCUGGGGGCUAAGAUCUCCAGUGUGGCAGGCAGCUCAGUGAGGGUGGCUGGAGGGAUCCUAACCAUCGUGGGCUUAGCCCUGACCCCUGUCACUGGUGGAGUGUCACUGGCCCUCACAAUUGCAGGGGCCAGCCUGGGGCUCACCAGUGGGGUCAACAGUAUAACCACUGGUAUCACAGAGAUGAAGGUCAAUAGCAUCCAUGAGAAGAAAGCCAGUGAAAUAUUUCAGAGUUUCAUGGAGGAUGUAGAGAGUCUUCAGGAGUGUCUGGAGGAUGUGGCCAGGAAUAUGGAGCCCAUCCUGGGGCAAAGCAAGGUGGAUGUCGUGCUGGGAGCAGGGAACGUGAUUUUCACAGCCGGGGCCAUCAGAAAAGGCAUCGACACCAUAAUAGACUGUGCCUCAGCUCUGAGUGUGAAGACCUUUGCAAAUGAAGAUCUGAUCGCAAGCGCUGGUAAGCUGGUGCUCCAGGAAGGCAAAGCAGCACGAAACCUACCCAAGCUAGCAGGGGACAUCCCGGACAUUGGACAGGUGGCCGAAGGCACCCCACUAGCCCUCUCCAGCUCGGCGCGGGCUGGUUUUAUCACUCUCAACGCCCUCUUCAUUGGCCUGGAUGUCUUCUUCAUCUGUAAAGACAGCGUCAGCCUGGCCAAAGGCAGCAAGAGUGAGAGAUCCCAGCUCAUCCGUGCCAGAUCAGCAUUGUGGCGCACAGAGUUGGACUCCUGGCAGAGGAUCCAUGACUCGCUGUGUAGAGGAAUUUGGAAGUCCAGGAAGUGCCAGAGAAUCCUGGAGCAGCCAUUUUACCCUCUGGAGCAUAAUCUGAAAAAGAAAAAAUCAAUGUGUAUCACGCAGUAGGACAACAUCAAAUACUUACCAGUUUUAAGUUGGGGCCUCUCAAACAUACUGUACAGUGGCACUUGUAAUGUUCAACAGUCAAAAAUAGAUGACACAAAGCACUUUUUCCAUGUUUAUGAAUCAUUCUAUACACGAGUCUAUAAAACAAAAAUUAAGGUAAUUUGAUGAAAUGUAUUCAGUUUACUUGUUCAGAGUAGUCUGUUUAAUGUCAUGUUUACAAUGAUGUGUUCAGUCAAUACUGAAAGUGAAAUAUAAUGUUUCUAUGAUUGUGAUGCUGACUUGUACCUUCAUACACAGAAGACUCACAUUCCUCACUUCAGCAGUAGUUGAAGAUGUCUUGCUAACAGGCAAUGAAACAUGUUAGUACAAUUUAUUCUGAUGUUGACUUGUGUGGAAAUGUUAUGAAAUGGAAAGGGACUGAUCAUGUCUGGCCUUUUUUGUGUUAAUAAUAAUAAUAGGCCUACUUGCUGGUAUUCUGAAGGGGUAUAUAUAUAUAUAUAAGGUGGUCUUUGGUACUGCAUUCUCCUCAUGACAAUUUAAUACCAGACAUCAAUGAUCCUGGCCUCCUCCAGGAUCGCUGUGGACAAUGUCCCUCCGGACCCCCUCCCAAACUAGGCAUCUGCCACUGUCAUCUGCCUCUCGGCAUCCUUGCCCUGCCUCCUCACCGCCUCCUUGGUUCUCACCCACACCACGUCAAACACUCCUUCUGCCUAGGAUGCCAUGUCCCACAGCACUCUUCCCCGCCUCUCUCCGAUAAAGAGUAUUCACAACCCUGAGACCUCAAAGAGAGAAACUGCUUGGCCUAAAUGAACAAACAGAAUAGCAUAGUUCUAUUUCAUUGCAUAUAUCUUUAAACAACCUUUUCUCACAGUAUGUAUUAUAGCUGUCAAUGAAAAUCACUCAUGACAUCACUACAAUCAUUGUAUUGAGACUGUCAGGACAGUUUAUCUGACUGCAGUGUUUUCACUUCCUGUUUCUAGUUUUGCCAGGAUAGAUUAAAAAAACUGACCUGGUUGAAAAUCUGAGCUUCCAUUUCCACCAUGACCUCAUCUGAAUCCACCGUUUAUCAUACUUGUAUGAUAUGGCAACACACAACCAGUGCCGCCAAAUAUAAUCCACUUUCAUCAGAACAAUGUAUACAACAGCUGUUUUCCCCGGUCCUCUCCCUCCCGUCUUGGGACAUCUUGUCUGAAUGGCUUACGGUCUAUAGCCAGAAGUCUGGCUGUGAGGGAGACAAGCUUCUGGACACUGGCUCAGUGCCAGAUGAGUUGGGAGGGGUAGUUUCUGGACAGGGCCCUGGCGAUAACGAAACAGACUCACUUAUCAGUCACACAUCUCUGGCAAACAAGAUUGAAUGUAAGAGCUCACCCUUAGUAUAGAAUGAAGUUCAUAUGGCAUUAUGUUUGAAGAUCUCAAACAGCUACAUAUGAAUUAUUUGGCAAAUGAAAGCAUUGACUGGAAGAACACCUUCACAGUAGCUCAGCUUUGACCAGGUGUUUGAGGAGUAGACAGGUGACAUGCCUUGGAAGUCAUCCGAGACACAGAUCAGCAUACAGAUGGAUGUAGCUCUGCCCUCAACAACUACCCAGUAACCAUUCACUCAACCUGUAUACAGAAACAUCAAGUAUCUAAAUAUACCAGAAACCUAAAUUGCUAUUAACAAUAUAUACACUUCACAGAAGAGCAGAAUAGGAAUCAUUGACUCAUUUUGAUGACUCAUGCCUGCUUAGUGAUUAUUUUUCAGUGGGAGAAAAUACAAAAUAAAUGGAAACAAGA